UGCAGAAAGAAGGGAGAACUUUGGAAAAAUCCCUUACCAGUGUGCUCCGGAAGAACUUGGCGAGAUGUCCAAACCUUCACGUCUGGUCAAGCCCUCCAAGCAGUCCCGAAAGGAACCUCCAGGAAAUCGCUCACACAUGCUGGUCGUCGGGGAGAGGCUGAUGAGGGCUGGCAGUGAGGGCAACCUGGUGAGAUCCAGACCACCCCAGAAGCCUUCUGACACCAAUCCAGUGGGUUCCAAUCCAGAGCAAGCGAGAAGCAACCAGAGGCUGUGCUCCCAUGAGGAUGUGGACAGAAACAGCAGAAAACAAAGCAGUGCAGAUGAGAGUGAGCAGUCUGACCCCUGGUCCCCUCGCACCGUGCCAAGACGACACACAGUAGGAGGGCCUCGCACCGCUGGGGACGUGAUCAUCAUGCAGUCCUACAACAUGGAGCAGAAGAAAGAGGCCUUUCUUGAGCAUUUGAAACAAAAGUACCCCCAUCAUGCUUCUGUCAUUAUGGGGCACCAGGAAAGACUCCAAGACAAGAUCAGGAGUUCUGGGCACAGUGUAACCCCUCAGUCUGCUGUAGGGGAGCCGAGGGAGCAUCUCUCUUUGGCCUCCCUUGAGUCUUUGGAGGCCAUGUCGGAGGGAGAAGCCCCCUCCGCCUUCACCCGAGGCAGCCGCUCUCGAGCGAGCCUCCCCGUGGUCAAGUCAAAUAACCAGACCAAGGACAGGUCAUUAGGUGUCCUCUACCUGCAGUAUGGAGAAGAGACCAAACAGAUCAGAAUGCCCAAUGAGGUGACGGGUGCAGACACCAUCAAGGCUCUGUUUGUCAGUGCCUUCCCUCAGCACCUCACUAUGAAGACCCUGGAGUCCCCCAGCGUGGCUAUAUACAUCAAAGAUGACAUGAGGAAUAUGUACUAUGAGCUGACUGAUGUCAGGAACAUUACAUCACACUCUUGUCUGAAAGUGUAUCACAAAGACCCAGCCCAGGCCUUCAAUCACAACACAAGACCAAAUAAUGGAGACAUUAGGAUCACAAGAGAGAGGCUCUACAGUGGCAGACAGCAGCCGGGAGGCCAAAGCCCAGUGCACACUCUGCCUCACAGUCCCAUACAUUCAGUCCAGGGCUCUCUGUCUCCUCCUACACCUCGUUCCAUGCCCUCAUCUCCUUCUAGGAUCCCCUUCGGCCACUCUGUUGCCAUGCCUGGUGGUGCCACCUUACCCAGGUCCAACGCACCCUCAAAUCGCUCUAUCACACCCUGCUCCAGUGCCAUCCUGGAGCGACGGGACGUAAAACCGGAUGAGGAUCUGAGCAGCAAGAGUGUUCCUUUGUAUUCAGAAGCAUACGCUUCACCUGAAACCAGGCUCAGUGUCUCCUCAUCACAAGGCAGCCAUUCUGGAGACGUCCCGGAUGGGGCGGCGUACAUCCAGCACCGCUCCUCCAUCAAGUCUGUCGGUGCGUACACAGAUGGCCAGGAUCUGCAGCACUCCCUCUACAGACAGAAAUCUCGAAAGUACAGUGAGAGUCAGCUCGCCUCCAUGGGCUCCAAAACACCGCCUGCUUCUCCUCACAGGGUCAAUGAGGUCAGAAUGAUUGACAUGCUCCCAGGCCAGAACUCCCACAUGCCCUCACAAGGUGUGGCAGCGGAAAGAGCAUCACCUGUGCGUAGAUCUUUCCGCAAGGACAGUAAUGUGGCCAUGGAGGUGGCCACCAGGGUGAGAGGCAAUGUGGCCUCCCCUGUUUUUGCCGACCUUCAGCCCAGUCACGGAGAGAAGCCAUUUCAAGGACACGUGGCAGCCGGAGAUCCUCAGAGUGAAAAAAUAAAGGCAAUGGAGCAGCAGAUCGCCAGCCUUACUGGACUCGUUCAACACGCUCUUAUGAAAGGGCCAAAUACAAGUGCCAAAGAGACUUCCAGUGAGAAACCGGUAAAGAUUGAGUCUUCGGCACAGAAUGGUGGUGUCUGUACUGUAUCAUCAACUAAAGAGCCAGACAGUAUUUCUCCUGUCAGAGACCCUGCUAUGAGCUCAAUCCUCUCCACCUUCAGGAGAAACGUGUCUGACCUCAGACUGCAGCUCCAUCAACUCAAACAGAUGCAGCUGCAAAACCAGGAUGCCAUGAGGCAGAUGCUGCGACAGGCAGAGCUGGAGAUCUCCGAGAGGUUUUCAGACAUUGUGCUGCACCUUAAGGACCCCGUUCAUAGACAGCGAGUCCAGGUGGAAGAAGAAAGACACAGAUAUCUAGGCAUGGAGGAGAUGGUUCUCGUACAGCUCGGAGAGCUGGAAAACUAUGUGGAGAUGCUCAAGAAAGAAUCCAGCUGUGCCAUGAGCAAUCGCCCAGUCACUCUGAAGGAUGUGGAGGAAGGGGCGUACUUACGCAAAGUAGGAGAAGCUUUGGCCACACUCAAAGGAGAGUUCCCAGCCCUGCAGAUGAAAAUGCGUGGCGUGUUGAGGGUGGAGGUGGAGGCGGUGCGCUUCCUUAAAGAGGAGCCUCACAAAAUGGACAGCAUGCUGAAGAGAGUCAAGGCUCUGACUGACACUCUCAGUGGACUGAGAAGAUACACCACUGAAAGCCACAACCAUACUUCUGACCCAGUCCAAGGGAAGGCGUUACCAGCUGAUUCAGUUUCCUUUGCGGAAGAGUACAGAUCUCCAAAACCUGUUUGUGAGUCCCCGACCCCACAGCCAAGAUCACCUGCCAAAAUCAUCUGCUCGGAGCCCGUACCCACUUCUCCAGUCACGGUGCACCACAUUCAGGGGACUCCCAUCAGCAUGCACCACCCCAGUCCCCCGCUCACACCCACCCAUAGCAGGGACUCCCAUAAUGUGGCGAAGGUCAGUCCCAGGAGCAGAGAAAACAGUCCUGCCCUGCUAAAGAGGGCAGCACCACGGGGCCAGGAAGCUGUGCCAGCAACCGCUGUCAUCAACACGACUGGAUCCUCCUCACCAGAGGAGAUCUCUGUCAACACAAGCAGGCCCAUGCCUGACGAGGUUUCUAAACAGGCAGCAAAGGAGGACAAGGUUGAAAUGGAGAGGAUCCUUCAGCAGACUCAGGCCAGCCUUAUGAAGGCCAUACCUGACCUGGAAGUGAGCAAACAGGUGGACAGCGCCUCCUCCCAUCCACCCAGCAUCUUGCCAGAUGAGGUGGACUUUCCACUUCCUGUAUCUUCACUCCCUGAAGCCGCACCGCAGGAUGGACCCAAAGCAGAUAAACCAGCCCAGACCAGUCUGGAGAGGCCACAGAAGCCCCACAGGGCCAGUGUUGACAGAGUACAGCCCAACCCUGAAACGGCCAGCAAAUCGCCUCCCCCUCCCCCUCCACGCAGAUUCUACCCCUCUGGAUCUGGACUCACCACAGGACGUUCGGGAGAGGUGAUCUACACCACCCGGAAAGAGUCCACUAGCUCACAGGAGGGUGAAGAGGAGGCCCCGAAGCCCAAACCCUUGCGUGUGCCCCCAGAGGUCAAGCCCAAGCCCCGCACCCCUCCUCCUGUCAACACCUCCACCUUACAAGAUGAAGAGGAUGAAGGAGAUAAGAUCAUGGCUGAGCUACAGGUGUUUCAGAAGUGCACAAAAAAAGAUUUACAGCCCAGAUAUAUUGUUGAUCUCACAUCCCGUGAGCUCUCAGACAGUGAGAUGGAGCCAGGGCUUUCCCUGUCUUACCACACAAAGCAGACCCCUUCUCACCUAUCUGAAGAAGGAGCACUGUCUGAACGUAGGGAAGCUAGUGCAACACCUGGUUCACCUGGGGUCAUGUAUUAUAUCACUGGAACAUCAAAAACAUCAAGGCAGAGCACCUCUAGGCCAGAUGACCUAAAGGAACCCAAGGAAGCAACUUUUUCUCCUUCGAAGCCAAGCCAAUCAGUCAAGGAGGUCCAAACCAAGCCAAAUAAUAUUCAUGAGGUGCCAUAUAGCCCCUUUAACUCUUUAAGGAACAGCACGGAAGCUGAAAAAGGGGCAUCGCUCAUUAAUCCCAAAGAGCUCAAGGCUGAAUCAGUGCUGAAGUCUCUAAAGCAGGUGGUUCCUACACCUUCUGAGAAAGUUUCACCCGUUGAGGAGAGGUUUGAGGAGCAGAUACUGCGUACAUCCUCCGUUGCACCUGUUAUGGACAAGUCAAUAAAGCAUGGACAUCGCACGACCACUGUUAAAGUUACACUUGUUAGCAAGUUUCCACAAAGUGCUGAACCAGUCCAUCAACCCAACACUGAUGCCUCAUUUUCAACACAACCGAAUAACCAUGACAUUGAGCAGGAUGUACCAAAGAGAUCAUCUGAAGAUCAUGCCAGAUACACUGAGGAGGCCAGUCUAAGUCCAGACCUCCCAGGAGACGAAGGUCCUCCUCCACCAAAUAACAUUGCCUUCAGGAUCACUAAGACCAAGGUACAGGCUCUGUCGACUGGAGAGUACCAACAGCUGGUAAACAGUAAAGGCACAGAUGUCCAAACUGUUAAAGUGGGCUCAGAACCAACCCUAUCUGCCCCCGAGGACUCUAGGUUUGACAAGAAGCCGGUUAUCAUCAUUUUUGACGAGCCUAUGGAUAUCUGUCAGGCCUACAAGCGACUGUCCACCGUCUUUGAAUGUGAAGAAGAGCUUGAGAGGGUGCUAUCGGAAGAGAGGAUAGAUGAAGAGAACGAGGAGGAAGAGGAAGCCAACUCAAAGAGUCAGGUCGGUCAGAUAACACCUGCAGAUAAUCGAGAUCAGUUCAGAACUGAGAAUAGGGCAAGCAAUCGGAGUAGUAGUAGCGUUCCAGUGCCUCUACAACAGCAGAGUUCCUUUGAGGGUCCUGCUCUUUCUGUUGAGGAAGGAGACAAGACAGAAUCUGCUAAAGAUGCCAAAAAGAAAUUCAAGUUUAAGUUCCCCAAGAAGCAGCUUGUAGCUAUUGGCCAAGCUCUUCGUACGGGGACAAAAACUGGCAAAAAGACACUGCAGGUAGUUGUCUACGAGGAUGAAGAGGAACCAGAUGGAACCGUGAAGGAGCUCAAAGAAGCUAAAAGGUUUGAGAUCAAGUCCCACGCAGACGAUGAUUCUACCACCCCUAGGUCAUUAUGGCAAAACCAGACCACCACAUCACAGAGCACCAAAGACAGAACUGAGGAACUCCGUAAGACUACUUAUCAAACAUUAGACAGCCUUGAGCAGACCAUUAAGCAGUUGGAAAGUACCAUCAAUGAUAUUGAGCCUACAUUGGUUUCGGAAGUCUCCUGCAAGGAGGAAUCGAAAGCUAAGAGAUUGUCCAGUGAUGCAGAACCGGAGGAGGGCAGUCCCACAAAAAAGCCAGCCCCACUGAAGCCCAAACCCCACAAGUCAUCUCUGCAAAAGAGAUCCAAAACACAGUCUCGAUCCUCCUCAAGCACCUCCACCUCCUCCAGUUCCUCCAGCAGUAAACAGAGCUCUGGUGACUCGCCUGCUUCGAGUCAGACUUCCUCACCCAAGUCUCGCCCGCAGCCAGCAGAGAGUGUGGAAAAACCUGGAAAACCUCAAAAGCUCCAGGACUCCCAGAGGCAAUUCCGUCAGGUGGUUUUACUGUAGGGCAGUGUUAAGGCGUGAAGACAGAUGGGAAAUG